AUGGCCUCACCCAAAACCGUCAAGGAUGUUCAAAAACUCACGGGAAGAAUAGCAGCUUUAAACAGGUUCGUCUCUAGGGCCACAGACAAAUGCCUGCCCUUUUUUAAGACAUUGAAGCAGGCUUUUGCUUGGACUAACGAGUGCGAAACAGCGUUCCAAGAGCUGAAGCAAUACCUGAGCAGUCCGCCUCUCCUAAGCCCGUCCAAAGAAGGAGAAAACCUAUACCUGUACCUGGCGGUGUCAGCCUCGGCAGUAAGUGCAGCUCUGAUUAUAGAAGAGGACAAGAAGCAACUCCCGGUUUACUACGUCAGCCAAGCUUUCCAAGGGGCUGAGUCCAGAUACCCAAGGAUCGAAAAGAUUGCGUUUGCACUAAUAGUGGCCUCGCGCAAACUCAGGCAAUAUUUCCAGUCAAAUCCUAUUCUCGUAAUGACGGACCAACCAAUCAAGAAGUCAAUGAGCAAGCUAGAAGCAGCAGGGAGAAUGGUCCAGUGGGCAAUUGAACUUAGUCAAUUCGACAUCGAGUACCAUCCAAGAACGGCGAUCAAGGCACAAGCUCUGGCAGACUUCAUCGUAGAAUUCACGUUCCCUGACGAAGACAGGAAUACCGACGAAGUAGAUAAACUAAUAAUACAGACUGAUGGUUCGUCAACCCAAAAGAAGGGGGGAGUAGGGGCCGUCAUAACCACCCCCGACGGAGAAGUGCUAAAAUAUGGUGUCCAACUAAAGUUCCUAGCCACCAACAACGAAGCUGAAUACGAAGGAAUACUGACGGGACUGAGGCUUGGAAAAGCUCUUGGUGCCAAAAACUUGUUGAUCCAAAGUGAUUCAAAGCUAGUGAUUGGACAGAUCAAGGGAGAAUACGAGGCAAAAGAAGAAAGGAUGCAGAAGUACCUCAAGUUGGCAAGACAACUAGCUCAGGAAUUCGAUACAGUGGAGUUCAUACAAAUCCCAAGAAGUCAGAAUAUGGGGGCUGACGAAGUGUCAAAGCUAGCGUCAUCAAGAGAAGAAGGGACUAGCACGGACCUGGCGAUGGAAGUCCAAAAACACCCUAGUAUCGAGGAAGUUGCAACAUUCACCAUCUAG